CGGCGGCGGCGCUCGAUUGGCCGGCGCGCCCGCGCGCGGCUCGGAAGAUGGCGGCCCCGGGAGCCCCGCUGCGCACCCUGCGCGCGCUCCUGCGCGAGCUGCGGCGCGCCGCCGGCCGCUCCUAUCGCGACAGCCCCGCCUAUCGGCACGUGCUCGCGGCCUUCCGCGCGCACCGGGUGACCAGCGAGAAGCUGUGCCGGGCCCAGCAGGAGCUGCACUUCCAGGCCGCCACCUACCUGUGCCUGCUGCGCAGCGUCCGGGAGCACGAGGCCCUGCACCGCGAGUACCACGGCAGGGGCGAGCGCUCGCCCCAGGAGAUCGCCGGGCUGGUGGGCUUCAGACUGCCUCAGCAGCCGGGAGGGAAGGGCUGAGACCGGACUGCUGUGUCCCAUGGUUAUUCCUCAAUAAAUAAAUAUCCUAGAGCUACUGGAA